UGAUCACACAACUGACCUGACCACCCUUACACAGCUUGACAUUCAGCUUCGCCGCGCCAAAACAACGCCCCCACUCUUCUCCCUUUUUUCUCUCUCCCCAAAAACCCCAAAAAACAACAAAAAAAGCCCCAAUUUUUUAAAUCAAUUUCCCCCAGUAGAUAACAUACAAUUGAAAUAAGAAAUCCCCAAAUCAAAUCGCCAGAUUUCAAACAAACCCCAACAAAUUCGAAAACCUUGGUUCUAAAGUUAUCGAAUUCGAAGAGAGAUAGAGAGAAAAUGGCAGGAAUGGAGCUGCAGAACACAGUGAAGGAAGCCCUAAAUGCUCUUUAUCACCACCCAGACGACGCCGUUCGUAUGCAAGCUGAUCGAUGGCUUCAAGAAUUUCAGCGUACCCUUGAUGCUUGGCAGGUUGCAGAUAAUUUGCUUCACGAUGCAAGUAGCAAUCUGGAAACUCUAAUCUUUUGCUCACAAACUUUAAGAAGCAAGGUAACACGGGAUUUUGAAGAGCUUCCUUCUGAAGCAUUUCGACCAUUACGGGAUUCUUUAAAUAGCUUGUUAAAUAGAUUUCACCAAGGUCCACCAAAAGUUAGAACACAGAUUAGCCUUGCUGUGGCUGCUUUAGCUGUUCAUGUCUCCGUAGAAGAUUGGGGAGAUGGGGGAAUUAUGAAUUGGCUCAAGGUACAGAUGAACUCUCGUCCAGAAUGCAUACCCAGUUUUUUGGAGCUUCUGAAGGUUCUGCCUGAGGAGGUGUUUAAUUACAGAAUAUCAGCUCGGCCUGAAAGACGGCGCCAAUUUGAGAAGGAGCUUUCUUCUGCUAUGGAGGUUUCCCUAAGUUUAUUAACUGCUUGUCUGAACGCCAGUGAACUCAAAGAACAGGUUCUUGAGGCCUUUGCUUCAUGGCUUCGCUUGAGACGUGGGUUUUCUCCAUCUGUGCUUGCAAAUCACCCUUUGGUUCUUACAGCUCUGUCUAGCUUGUGUUCUGAUAUACUCUCUGAGGCUGCUGUUAAUGUUGUUUCUGAGUUGAUACAUUGUUCAGCAGUGGGAAAUUCUUCUGAUGUUUCGUGCCAGAUGCCAUUAAUCCAAGUAAUAGUACCUCGAGUUAUGAGUCUCAGGCCUUAUCUUAAUGAUCCGUCAAAGGAUGAAGAAGAUGUGAAGGCCAUUGGCCGUUUAUUUGCUGACAUGGGCGAUGCUUAUGUUCAACUGAUUGCAACUGGUUCGGAUGAGUCAAUGAUGAUAGUGCAAGUGUUGCUUGAAGUUGCUUCACACUCGGAGUUUGAUAUUGCUUCAAUGACCUUUAACUUCUGGCACAAUCUACAGGUUUACUUGGUUGAAAGGGACCUAUAUCUAUCUUUGGGUAAUGAAGCAUUGAUUGAGGCAGAGAGAAACAGGAGAUUGCUAAUUUUUCGUGCAUCAUACGAUUCUCUAGUGUCUUUGGUUAGUUCUCGGGUUCAAUACCCUGAUGAUUAUAUGGAGCUUUCAAGGGAGGACCUCAAGGAUUUUAAACAAACAAGAUAUGCUGUUGCAGAUGUUCUCGUUGAUGCAGCACUGGUUCUGGGCGGUGAUAUAGUGUUGAAAAUCCUUUACAUGAAACUUGUUCAGGCUGCGGCCAGCUGUGUAAAUGAUCAAAGUAGUGAGUGGCGUCCAGCUGAGGCUGCUUUAUACUGUAUACGGGCUGUAGCAGACUAUGUUUCCAGUGUCGAAGCAGAAGUGAUGCCUCAGGUUAUGUCAUUGAUUCCAAAGCUUCCCCAUCAUCCUCAACUACUUCAGACUGUGUGCUUGACAAUUGGAGCAUAUUCAAAAUGGCUUGAUGCUUCAUCAAAUGGACUUUCAAUUCUUCCUUCGCUGGUUGACGUUCUUAUGAGGGGAAUGAGCACAUCUGAAGAUACUGCAGCAGCUGCUGCAUUGGCGUUUAGACACAUUUGUGAUGAUUGUCGGAAGAAGCUCUGUGGAUCUUUAGACGGCCUCUUCCAUAUCUACCAAAGUGCUGUCUAUCCAGAAGGUGGAAACUUCAGAGUUUCUGCUGAAGAUUCUCUUCAUUUAGUUGAAGCAUUAAGCAUGGUCAUUACAGAACUUCCUCCAGAUCAUGCAAAGAAGGCCCUGGAAGCAUUAUGCCUGCCUGUUGUUACUCCUCUUCAGGAGAUGAUCAAUCAAGGAUCAGUUAGUCUGGGACAGAAAGGUGCCCGUGAGCUUACUAUUCAUAUCGAUAGAUUGGCAUAUAUUUUUAGAUAUGUAAAUCACCCUGAAGCUGUAGCAGAUGCUAUUCAGAGGCUCUGGCCGAUUUUUAAAGCCAUCUUUGACGUCCGUGCAUGGGACAUGCGAACUAUGGAAGCUCUCUGCAAGGCAUGCAAAUAUGCUGUAAGAACUUCUAGAAGUUACAUGGGCCUCACAAUUGGCGCCAUGCUAGAGGAGAUUCAGGGACUCUAUCAGCACCAGCACCAACCGUGCUUUCUGUAUCUCUCCAGUGAAGUCAUAAAGAUCUUUGGGUCGGACCAAUCUUGUUCGGACUAUCUGCGAAACUUAGUUGAAGCCCUCUUUAGAAGAACAGCCUGCCUCCUUGCCACAAUUAGUGAUUUUACCACCAGACCAGAUAUAGCUGAUGAUUGUUUUUUAUUGGCGUCGAGGUGCAUCCGAUAUUGCCCUCAGAUAUUCAUCCCGUCACCGGUGUUUCCCUCACUAAUAGACUGUGCUAUGAUUGGGAUCACAGUCCAACACAGGGAGGCUUCAAAUUCCAUAUUGUCAUUCUUAUCUGAUGUCUUUGAUCUCACAAAGUCACAUGAGGGUUUGCAAUAUCAGUCGAUCAGGGAUAGUGUGAUUGUUCCCAGAGGAGCAACUAUAACCAGAAUUUUGAUAGCGUCCUUGACAGGAGCUCUCCCAAACAACCGCUUCGAUACAGUAACUUAUACACUUCUGUCACUAGUUCGAGUUUAUCACAUAAAAGCUCUGGAAUGGGCCAGGGAAAGCGUUUCAUUGAUUCCAAAAACGGCAGUAACAGAAGUUGAGAGCUCGAGAUUCCUGCAAGCGUUGUCUGAAGCAAAAUCUGGGGCUAAAAAUAAUGAUAUCAUGGUUCCAAUUGAGGAACUCUCAGAUGUUUGCCGGCGUAAUCGAACGGUGCAAGAUAUUGUUCAAGAUGCUUUGAAACCCUUAGAGUUAAAUAUGGUGCAUAGAGUAUAGUACAAUGUUCAAAAUAUGACAGAUUUUACACAGCUUGUUGCUGAUAAGAGUACACAAAUUGAGGGGCUGUUUUCAGGAGGCCCUUUUAGACCAGCUCGAUAUGCUUCAUUUUGUAUCUAUUGUUAUUUUCAUUGAUACGUGUUAUAUAGCCCACAAUUUUUAGUGGUUUGUGGCUUGGGGAAAGAGGUGAAAUGAAGGGUUUUUUUGUAUCUAUUACUUUGAAAUUUUGUGCUUUUAAUUAUUUGUUGCCGUAAUCUUUUUGUGGUUUACGUAUGUAAAUUAUAAUCAAAAGAGACAUUUCUCA